AUGUCUCACAGAACAGAGAGACCUCAAUGUGCUGGUGCUGGUGUUGUCAUGGAGUUUGACCAAUAUAAUGACAGAGAUUCGCCUGUGAUAAAAGCCAGGAGCACUCCAAGAUCAGCCCUCAUCUACCUCAAGGGCCCCAAGUUUCUCAUCUAUGUGAGUGGAGCAUUAUCUAUGUGGGGUGAUCGCAUGUGGCAUUUUGCCAUUUCUGUUUUUCUGAUCGAGCUGUAUGGACAUAACCUGCUGUUAACUGGCAUCUUUGGACUGGUGGUGGCUGGGUCUGUGCUCUUACUGGGGGCUUUGAUAGGAGAUUGGGUUGACCGCAAUCCAAGAAACAAAGUGGCCCACCUGUCUCUGUUCAUUCAGAACGUCUCAGUGACCAUCUGCAGCAUUGUUCUCAUGUUGGUGUUCUCUUACAAAAAGCACAUUGAGGAAAUUUGGGAUGGAUGGUUAACUGUGGUUUGUUAUACGGUGGUGAUCAUCCUGGCAGAUGUUGCAAACCUCGCCAGCACUGCUCUUACCAUUGCCAUCCAGAGGGACUGGAUUGUGGUGAUCACAGGCUACAAUCGAGGUCACCUCGCAGGAAUGAAUGCGACCAUGAGGCGGAUCGAUCAGGUGACCAACAUCCUGGCUCCACUUGCAGUGGGUCAGGUAAUGACUCUGGCCUCUAAUGUGGUUGGCUGUGGCUUCAUCUUGGGAUGGAAUCUGCUGUCCCUCAUUGUAGAGUUCAUCUUCCUCUCCAGAGUCUACCGUAUCGUACCGGAGCUGUCUGUCAAACCACCAGUCCUGGAGCAUCAAAGCUGUUUGGAGAAGACAAGAGAAAGAAAAUCCUCACAAGGUAGAAGAUCAGAGUGUCCACCAGCAGCCAUUUCUGAAGAAAACACCACCAGCCUGCACUCACAAGAGCAAUCCAGAGUACCACCGUGCAUCCACCGUCUGCGUGUGCUCCUCAGCACCUGCCGAGAGGGAUGGAGGGCAUAUUACAGACAGCAGGUUUUUCUAGCCGGCCUGGGUCUGGCCUUCCUGUACACGACCGUGUUGGGUUUUGACUGCAUCACCACCGGCUAUGCGUAUAGCCAGGGCAUUAGCGGCUCUCUUCUCAGCAUACUAAUGGGUGUGUCAGCUGUGGCGGGGCUUUUGGGUACUGUCCUUUUCACAAAGCUGCGGAAAGCGUGUGGCCUGGUCAACACUGGGGUCAUUUCCAGCGGCCUGCACCUAGGUUGCCUUAUGCUUUGUGUGUGCUCUGUGUUUGCCCCCGGGAGCCCCAUGGCCCUUGGUGUGCUAGAUGUGAGGAAUGUGUCUGACGUGGACGGGAUGGCCGGAGGUCACCAGAGACACGGAUACCCGAUGCGUGUAGGCAGCAACCUGCCUCUCCUGCCAGACCGCUCGUCCAUUCACUGGACCAAUAACACUGUGCUGUUUGAGAAUGCACCGUCGGGGACAGAACCUGAGUCUUAUGUUUCUAUCAUCCUGCUGUUCUUGGGAGUCAUCACGGCUCGAGUUGGUCUCUGGUCUUUUGACCUUUCAGUGACUCAACUCUUGCAGGAAACAAUAUGUGAAUCGGAGCGAGGGGUGGUGAACGGAGUCCAGAGUUCUAUGAACUACCUGAUGGACCUCUUGCAUUUCCUCAUGGUCAUCUCUGCCCCUCAGCCACAACACUUCGGCAUUCUUGUCAUCAUUUCUGUUCUGUUCAUUUUCACGGGACACACCAUGUACUUCCUGUAUGCCAGGAAAGCCAAGAGGAAACAACGCACAGAAACAUAA